AUGCCUCACAUACCACCACAGCUACCACCCGCCCUAAGAUGUCUCAAACGGAUAUUGCCUCGGACUAAGCCAUCGCUUCAUCCUGCCCGGCGCAUCCUUCAUCUGGCCCCUCCCUGGUUGCUGGACGACUACAUUCCGCGAUACCACCUGAUCUCGUCCAUCGAUGCCGCAAAGAAGCGUUCUGAGGCCUAUUCUCACCUACGAGAGUGUAAUCUUUGCCCAAGGCUCUGCGGUGUGAACAGAUACAAGCAGACAGGUGUAUGUCUAAUUGGUGCCGAGACGGUGAAGGUGAGCACGAUUGCACCGCACUUUGGGGAAGAACCGUGUUUCCAGGGGCAUAAUGGCUCUGGCAGCGUCUUCUUCUCCGGCUGCAACCUCCGUUGCGUCUUUUGUCAGAACCACGACAUCGCCCAUCAGCGCAACGGCUUUGACCUCACCCCCGAAGAGCUUGCUGAAUGGUACAUGAAACUGCAGGAGGUAGGCCGCGUGCAUAACAUCAAUCUCGUCACACCAGAACACGUCGUCCCGCAAGUCGUUCUCUCCAUCCUGCACGCCCGCGAACUGGGCCUCCGGCUACCAAUCAUAUACAACACCUCAUCGUUUGAUUCUCUAGAAAGCAUAAAGCUGUUGGACGGGCUAGUUGAUAUAUACCUGCCCGACUUCAAGGUCUGGAGCAAUGGAACAAGCAGGAGGCUGCUGAAGGCCCACAAUUACACGGCAACCGCCAUGGAGAGCAUCAAGGCUAUGCACGCCCAAGUCGGCGAUCUCUGCUUCACCGCCGAUGGAAUUGCCAAGAAGGGUGUGCUGGUUAGACAUCUCGUGAUGCCUGGCAAGGAAGACGAGGGCAGGGAGAUUGUCCGCUGGCUGGCAGAGAGUGUGUCUACGGAUCUUAUGGUGCAUAUCAUGGAGCAGUACUUUCCACGCGCCCAUGUUGGGAAGCUGCGACGAGGUGGUGCGACGCGUGACCACGUGGUCGGGCCAGGGGGAAUACUUGUCACGGAGGCGAAAACGAAUGUGAGGUAUGAGGACAUCAAUCGACCUGUGGACCUUGAUGAAGUUGCAUCCGUCAGGAAAGCAGCUGAAGAAGCUGGGCUGUGGCGUUUUGUCGAGGCAGCAAAGCAUGGCGGCUUCAACAUCUGA